UUCAGUUCUUCCUUUAAGUGUUUUUACCACAGUUCAACAUCCUCAGUCAGCAGCUCUCCAACCCUGCAGAAAACAGCAGUAAACAAGCCCUGCUUUCCUUCCUUGGUUCUUGAAACUGUAAGAACUUCCUUGAGGACAGCCAAAACCCCCUAUCCAUAGCCUCCCAGCCUCUUCCCAUACCCAGGUUUUAGCUGGAGUCUUCAGGCCCAUCUGGUGCUUUUCUGCUGGGCUAUCUGAGUCUGAAAGAUUUCUUCAGAUUCAAUGGCUGCUGUCAUAGCAGGCACCAACACUUAUUGAGAGCCAAAAGAAAAGGGGCUCAAGCUCCUGUCUUGCCUUCUCUCCUUAAUACUUUUGUCCUGGCAGAUGAAGUAUGCCACCUAGCUGUACCUGACCUUACUUUUAUGACAUUGUAAUGAAACAUAUUUGAUGUCAAGAGAAAAAAACAAAGACAUUUGUGAGACUGUUCUCAUCUGGAUAAUCAUUCACUACAUGACCAAGUCUGCCCUCCAAUACCUAACACCAUACACUGUAUUUCUACUGUUCAGUCACAUGUUUUAAAGUGGAUGAAAGAGGUGCAGAGCACAGGGAGAUCCAGCAAGUUGGCUCAUAGACCGACAAGGAGACUCAAAGGCAAUCUUUUUCAUAACAUCAUAAUCAUCCAUAACAAUCCAUAACAAUUCUUGUAUUUAAAUCUAAAGUAUGGUCCCUGUGCUGUGCCAAUCAAAUCGCCUACAACUUUCUGUCACAGUUUCCUCUGUGUUACUGCAGGCUAACCUUUGCCCUGGCUGUGUUUGGUAUUUCAUUAUGCUGACCUCUGAUCACAGCAGUCCGGGAAAUCAUUUGGAAAUCUGGACUCUAAACAAAUGAAUCUCUGUUGUGGUUUGACAAACAUGGGAGAAACUCAAAAAUGCUGCAAUGUUUGCUGAAUGUUUCAACUGUCAAAUGUACUCAAUUUAAGUUGAAACUAAAGACUUUAACCACAUUUAGUUUAUUAAUCAACAUCUUUAUCAUGAUUGAAUCAGCUUUCAGAUUAUGACCUUUAAAUGUAUUUGCGAUCUCUCUAAGUUCCCAUUGUCUGUAUGCACAUAGCACAAUAUGAAUAUGAUGUAAUGGUUGUAAAAUACUCAAUCAUUAUGACUACAUUGAUGAAGUAUUCUAUAAAUGUUCAUUACUGUCUUGUAAUGAUCUUUAUAUGUCAUAACUCUGACUUAUGUUAACAUUAUGAUGAGAGACCGGUGUGUUGAACUGUUUUUACCCCCGAGUGUGUCUGCAAUGUUGUUUGUUUCAUUGGAUCAGUGUGUGUGCUUGGAGUAACGAGGGGUGUCAGAGUCACAGAUACUGACUGUUUACUCCACAUUUCUUCACUUUUUGGGGAAGUGCCCUCAACAAUCAUUAACCUGUUCUGAUUUGAAAUGGGCUCUUCACUCUAACAUUUUUAUUCCUGACAAAAUGUGGGUGAGAUAUCUCGGGUUUGUUAUUCUUUUCGGCCUUCCAGGAGCACUGCAUGCUCAGCCUUGUGGCGCUCCAGGCCUUGAUGGUGGUUAUUUUUUCCCGAAACAAGAAACGUAUUCUCAUGAAAUUGAGAUAACUUACGCCUGUGAUAGUGGACGUAAACCUGCAGUGAAGGGAUGGUGGGCAACAAGCACAUGUCAAAACGGGGUCUGGUCUCCUGAACCGCAAUGUAUAGACGAAGAGGACUGCCUUCCACCUGAGAUACCCAACGCAAAAUUCAAUAAGAAACAAAGUGGUUGGUAUAACCCAGGAAACACAAUAAGGGUAACAUGUGACAACGAAUAUGAGCUGAAGAACAGGGAUGCCACAGCCGUUUGUUUAAAUGGAACCUGGACCUCUGUUCCUGUCUGUGAGAUAAGUAUCAAUACAUGUGGCGAACCCCCUCAAAUCCCCCAUGCAGUCAUCAUUGGUCAGAAAUAUCAGGAGAUUUUUGCUGCAGAUUCCGAAGUUAGAUAUGAAUGUGAAGAUGGAUACUCUGUGGAGGGAGCAGAAAGCAAAAAAAACAUCUUCUGCUUAUCCGGAAGCUGGAGUGAAGGUCCAAAGUGCAGUAAGUGA